CAUGUAGGAUACCCAAUACAGCAACUUGCUGAUUCUGAGAGCCCAUGUUGCUGAGCUAGGUACAGUUUAUAUGUCUCACAUCCCUAAGAAAUAACCUGAUAGUGUGCUAACAUCACGGCGGUUGACACCCAGAAAACAAAAAGAUAUACCCUUUGCUCGUUCAAUCCAACCCCUAAAUUGUUUUACAUCUUCUGUACCCGUUUCAUCAUUACAAAGUUGUAUCUAUGAUAUUUUAUUUUAGUGGUGUGUCGACUGUAUGCUUGUGUUUUCAAUAUCCGCUCUCAGCCCAUUCAUGGCUGUUGACCGAACGCAAAAAGCCCUUACCCCCUCCCACCUGAGCUACUUAUGACUGAUACCGCUGAGCCUAACUCAUCCUUAUCUGAAGCUGAGCAAUUUCUCAAAACGUUAGAUCUGCCCAACGAUGAAGAGACUAAUGCAGACGCUGAAGGCACCAACGGCCAGUCGGCAGCCAAUGCAAGCGACAUCAUGUCGUUUUUAGACGAAAUCACCAACACUACCAAUACCUAUGAGGCAAGCGAAACGGAUAACAGCCAGAAGGAAUCAGCCCCAAUUAUUUCUGAUUCCUGGAGACAGUGGGGCACUUCUAUCUGGAAUCAAGCGAAUGAGGUGGUCAAAACCACUAGCGAUCAUAUCAAUCAAGCAACUUCAAAUCCAGACACAGCCAAAGCACUACAGGAACGGGUUAGUGGAUGGCAGGCGUUUAUCAGCAGUAAUAACGUGGCGAAGCUUGGUAACAGCUUAAAGACGUUAACAACCGCUUCACUCACGACGAUCCUGGACAACGUGGCGCCGCCCAUCAGCGAACAUGAAGUGGUGGAAAUAUGGAUUUCACAUGACAUUGCAGGAUACGUUGGCUUGGAGCCUCUUGUGUUCCAGUCAUUUUCCAAAAUGAUGGAGCAGACAGACGGCGGCGAUGUGGUUAUACGGAAAGGUCGAUCCACCGGGCAACGCGAUGGCGAAUAUGGAGCUUGGGAUAUGAAUUUCUGUGACGACGUGGUACAGGCACAGAAAUUAUGCAAGGCCAAUAUCGAAUAUUUGGUCAAGACACACACAAAGGCACCUGAAGUGCGAACAGGUUAUAAUCCUGCCUCGGGUGCCCAUCCCGUCAAGAUCUGUCCGGUUUACUUGGCCAUCCAAGCAGUGCAGCACACAAGCACGUUUCCACUUCCUUAUAUGCAGUUUGUCAUAUUGCUCUCAGACCCCAAACACCAGUUGAACUUUUCAAGCUACUCGCAACUCAUACCCAUGUCUUGGCUUCAAAUCCCAGACGAAGAUAACUUUUGGGUACAGCAUAAAUUGGAGGAUAGUUUGGAGAUGUGUGUCUCCACCGUUGCUUUGGAAUAUGUGCAAACUCGCAUGCAGGCAGCUGUACAAGCCAUCAACUCUGCCGCUGAAAAGCAGCAACACCUUUCGUAGUCUGUGCAUAGCAACCCCGUGUAAAAUUUUCUACUUCUAUUGUACUGUAUGUCGCUGGUAAAUCCAUCCAUUCCUAAUGGCCUCUUCACGUGUGUAUCUGUCAUUCUAUGAGUGUGUUGGAGGAUUUUAGUUCUAUAAGUGUGCAUAUUAGGGCUAUAAUUAGCCAGCCAGCUUGUGAAAGCAUAAGCCUUUUGAUAAUAUGAGUAACAACGACUAGCCUCGAAGGACGGUACCUAGUCAUCAACCUCCCCACGAGAUAAGAUAAAAUGAAGGGUAUUCAAACCGAAGAAGGCUAAAUAUAAUGAACUCAAAUACCCCAC